CACAAUGGCGUUCUUAGUACCGAUACUGGUAUGUGUGGUAUGUGUGUUGUUCUCUUACUAUCUGUGGAAGAAGAGUUGUCCUGACACGGACAACGAACCCCCAAAGCUUCCUGGCGGCCUGCCUUUAGUGGGGCAUGCACUUCAACUCAUAGGAGACAGCAGCCAUCUGUGGCGUGUCGCAAACGAUUUUGCGAGCAAGAGUUACGCUACAGGCGGGGUAGUUGCAGCUUCACUUGGGCCUAGGACUGUAUAUGUUGUGACGGAUCCUGAUGAUAUAGUCACGGUACUCAACACCAGUUUGAGGAAGGACCAUAUCUAUGACUUUGCAAGACCAUGGAUCGGGGACGGACUUAUUACGGCCAGACCGUCAAUUUGGAAGAAUCAUAGAAAGUUGCUGAAUCCGGCCUUCAGUCAGACUGUGCUGUGCAGCUUCAUGGGUGUAUUUAAUAAACAGGCACGGAAACUGGUAAAGGACUUGGAGAAAGAAGCAGGGAAGGGCCCCUUCGACCACUGGACGUAUACCAAGCUUAUCGCUCUUGAGACCAUAUGCUCGACAGCCUUUGGCGUGGAUUUCACAGACUCUACGAUCCUCAACAGCCAGUUUGUGACAGCUGUGGAGCAGAUGUUAAACCUCAUAGUGGACCGCUUCCAGAAGUUCUGGCUGCACAGCGAGCACACUUUCAAAUGGAGCAACGUGAAAAAGAAGCAGGACGCUUGUUUGAAGAUACUGCACAAUAUGUCUGACACUGUGCUCAAAAGAAGAAAAACUGAAUUCGACAACAACAACACACUCCCUGAAAGAACAACUGGAAAUACUUCAGAUAAAAAAUUCAAAGCCCUCAUGGAUCUACUCCUUGAGUUAUCGGUGGAGAAAGGAGUGAUGAACGACAGAGAGAUAAGAGAACACGUGGACACGAUAUUCGUGGGUGGCUUCGACACGACCGCCAACGUGUUAAUGUUCACACUUCUACUGCUGGGAUCCCACCCUGAGGCGCAGGAGAAAGUCCACCAGGAAUUAAAAGAGGUGUUUGGUGACUCAGAUCGUGACGUGGAGAAACACGAUCUUUCCCAACUGGUGUACCUGGAAGCAGUCCUAAAGGAGAGCCUGAGGCUAUACCCGAUUGCGCCGGUGCUGGCAAGGCGGCUGGACAAGAACGUGCAAUUGAAGAACUACACGCUAGCAGCUGGUCGUAGCUGCUUCUUGUUUCUCUUCAACAAUCUCAGACACCCCAUGUGGGGGACUGACGUGGACCAGUUCAACCCGGACCGGUGGCUGGACCCGGCCACGCUGCCAGAAAACCCAAACGUGUUUGCUGUCUUUGGCUUAGGAAGGAGGAUGUGUUUAGGCAAAACCUACGCGUACAUGUCGAUGAAAACAACCCUCGCUCAUGUUCUCCGAAAAUACCGCUUCAAGGGUGACCACACACAACUAGAACUCAAAUUGGACGUGAUGCUGAAGCCAGCGUCAGGUUACUACGUCAGUGUUGAGAAACGGCAUUAGAACUAGUCUGUAGAACUUUUGUAGAUCUUUUAUAUCCUUUUAGGGCGAUUAAAAUCGAAAUAAUGUAUUUUAAAAGCGACACAGAGUCGCGGAGUCGCGACGACGACUAAACAAUUAUGAAUUUUAAUAAGUCGCCGUCGCCGCCUCUA